GAUAAAGCACCUUCACCUUUUCCAUGCCAGUCCUUCAUCUGCUUGGAUAUUUCUGCACUGCCUGUCCCUGCCUCGCUAACUCUCUUUCCUCAGUCUUCUCCACCUUAUUUGAAGAGUCUGGUGAUUGAAGAUAAAGCUUUUUGUUUCCAGGGUGGCCCCUAUUCAACUUCACCAUGAUGCAGUAUGAGGAUCCAAAUGAUCUGAAGGAUCCGAAGACUCCGAAGCAGUAUUGCAUGCGAGGCAAGCAUGUAGCUAUCAUCUGCGCUGUGGUGGUCGUCUUAGCUGUGACAGUGGGCCUGGCAGUGGGCCUCACCAGCUCCUGCAGCGCCUCAGAGGAGGGGAGGCCGACGCUGCCACCAAACCCGGAGGAACGUGGCCCGUGCCGGGCCUCCAAUGACACGAGUGGAAACUGGACGAACUUCCGGCUGCCCAGCUAUGUGAUCCCAGAACACUACGACCUCCACAUGGAACCCGACCUGGAAGUGGACACCUACACCGGGACCGUCUCAGUGAGCGUGCGCAUCACCAGUCCCACACGCUACCUAUGGCUCCACAUACGGGACACUUUCGUCCGCUCCCCCCCACGGCUGCAGAAGACCAGUCCCAGCGGCCAGAGUGAUGUGGCCCUGAGGGGCUGUUUCCAGUUCAAGCCCCAGGAGUACGUGGUGGUAGAAGCGGCAGAUGAGCUGCCGGUCACUAGACCUGGCGAGUAUUACGUGCUGACAUUGGACUUUCAGGGCUGGCUUAACGGCUCCCUGGUGGGCUUCUACAAAACAACCUACCAAGAGAACGGGGUAACCAAAAAAAUUGCUGCCACUGACCAUGAGCCAACAGACGCCCGCAAGUCCUUCCCAUGCUUCGAUGAGCCGAACAGGAAGGCCACGUUCACCAUCUCCAUCACCCACGACAGAGCUUACAACGCUCUCUCCAACAUGCCCAUCCAGAAAACGGAGGUAGUCCCUGGCAACAAGAUUAAAUCAUCCUUUGAGAAGUCAGUACCCAUGAGCACCUAUCUGGUCUGCUUUGCUGUGCAUCAGUUUGUGUUUGUGGAACGACUUUCUUCACGUGGAAUUCCAUUGCGCAUCUAUGCCCAGCCAUUGCAAAUCCAUACAGCAAAUUAUGCCGCAGACACCACGAAGAUAAUAUUUGACUACUUUGAGACAUACUUCAACAUGGAUUACUCCAUGCCCAAGCUAGACAAGAUGGCCAUCCCAGACUUUGGCACAGGGGCCAUGGAGAACUGGGGACUCAUCACCUACAGAGAGGCAAACCUCUUGUACGAUGAAAAAGAUUCAUCAUCCUACAACAAACAACGUGUGGCCAGUGUUAUCUCCCAUGAGCUGGUUCACCAGUGGUUUGGCAACAUUGUCACAAUGGAUUGGUGGGAUGAUCUCUGGCUCAAUGAAGGCUUCGCCAGUUUCUUCGAAUAUGUUGGAGUGGAUGUAGCCGAGCCAACAUGGAAAAUGCGCGACAUAAUGCUAAUCGACGACGUCCUACCUGUCAUGGUUGACGAUGCACUUCUCUCGUCUCACCCAAUCAUCGUGAAUGUGUCGAGUCCAGCUGAGAUCACAUCAGUGUUUGAUGGUAUAUCGUACAGCAAGGGGGCUUCUAUUUUGAGGAUGCUGGAAGAUUUAAUGGGCCACGAUAUUUUCAGGCAAGGUUGUCAGCAAUAUCUAAAAGACUUUCAGUUUAAGAAUGCUAAAACGUCAGAUUUUUGGGCUGCUUUAGCAAAGGUUAGUGGAUUACCUGUAGCAAACAUCAUGGACACAUGGACCAGACAGAUGGGCUACCCUGUGGUGGAUGUCAGCAUAGGUGAGACACAGGCCACACUAACGCAACAGCGCUUCCUGCUGGAUCCCAAUGCAGAUCCCUCUCAGCCACCUGUCCCGUUGAGCUACAAAUGGACCAUCCCUAUUAAAUGGCAAGCUAUCGACAGUAACAAGUAUAAUAACACAAUAUUUGAUAAAACAAAUGCAGGUUUAACUCUGCCUGACUAUACAAAUGCAGAUGGACUAAUAAAAUUAAACAAAGGCCACAUGGGCUUCUACAGGACCAACUACAAUAUCAGCAUAUGGGAUAGCGUGAGCCAGUAUCUUACCGCAAAUCAUUCGCAAUUUACAGCAGUGGACAGGUGUGGAUAUAUUGACGACAUAUUUGCUCUGGCUCGGGCAGAUGUUGUGGACUAUGGGGCCGCCUUCAGUCUGACUAAAUACUUGAGUAGUGAGAAGGAUUACAUCGUUUGGGCGCGAGUGGCAUCCUCCAUCUCAUACUUGCAGGACAUGCUGAUGGAUGAUGAUGAUCUCUACCCUAAAUUCCAGAAACAUUUCCGUGAUCAAGUCCUGACUGUGGUCAGAGAGCUAGGCUGGACAGAUACUGGAAGUCAGAUUGAGAGGCUCCUGAGGGAGACUGUCCUGGGAAUCGCCUGUGCAAUGGGUGACGAAGAAUCUCUUAAUAUGUCCUCCACUUUGUUCACACAGUGGCUUAACGACAAAAUUAGUCUAGGUGUCAAUCUUCGCCUUCUGGUUUAUCGUUAUGGUAUGAAGACUUUGGGCAAUGAGGAAUCGUGGACCAAAAUGUUUGACCGGUACCAGAAAGCAACUUUGGCCCAGGAGAAGGAGAAGCUGCUGUAUGGACUGGCAUCAGUGGAGAACGUGUCACUGUUAGACCGGUUGCUUGAGGCAACAAAAGAUGAGAAGAUAAUCAGAAGUCAGGAUGUGUUCACUGUGAUCAGAUACAUUUCUCUGAGCAAAUAUGGGAAGACGAUGGCGUGGGACUGGGUCAUACUGAAUUGGGAGUAUCUUGUGAACCGGUACACCAUCAAUGACCGGAAUUUGGGUCGUCUUGUGGCCAGGAUCACCCCAACGUACAAUACAGAGCUCCAACUCUGGCAGAUGCAGAAAUUCUUCCAGCAGUAUCCUGAGGCAGGGGCAGGGGAAUCCUCCAGACUGCAGGCUGUGGAGACAGUGAGGAGUAACAUAGACUGGGUGGAGAGAAACAAGGCUGAGAUCGGCUACUGGCUCAACAGCAAUGUGGUUUAUUAACUGCUGUACGCCAUACAUGCUAAGCCGACUUUCCAUUCUUAGUACAUUGAACUCAGUUAUACUAACUUCAUUUCUGUUCAUAUGUAGUAAAUAUGUUCCAGCUGGGUAUUUUUACCAAACACUGACAAAGGAUUGCCAUGAUAUUCUGAAGUUUAAACCUUUACCUGUGAAGAUCCAAUUCCAUUUGCAACUGUAAAAUGUAUUAAAUGAGUCGAAAUGAAAGCCAUAUUCUCAUCGCUAACACAGAGUCCGCAAUCAGGUUAAAAAAAUAGCAGUGACGUCAUUAUUUUUGCUCAUGAUUGAUUGUAUGAACUUGCAUUAGUAUGACAUGUUUUAUCACUUUUUAAAAUUAAAUAAUACAAGUGUUAUGAUA